CCGCCACCAUAGAACAUGGCACGGAAGUAUGGACUGAAGUCUGCCAGUUUUUUUCGGUUCACUAAGAAAGACUCUGUCUCCACAAGAAGGACUGUGUCAGGCACCACAUCGUCCACUAAUCCCACAUCAGUCUUGGACAAAGAGAAGAAGAAGAAGGAAAGUAUAUUCGACCUGUCGAAAUACAUCGAUAAGCCAAUCAGAGUGAAAUUCCAAGGUGGACGAGAAGCAAGUGGUGUCUUGAAAGGCUUCGACCCUUUGUUAAACCUCGUAUUGGAUGGCACUAUCGAAUACAUGCGCGACCCUGAUGACCAGUACAAAUUGACUGAAGACACUCGGCAACUGGGCUUAGUGGUGUGUCGAGGGACUUCUGUGGUGCUCAUCUGUCCUCAGGAUGGCAUGGAGGCCAUUCCAAACCCUUUCAUUCAACAACAGGAUGGCUAGUCCUCUGCAAAACCUCAUAGAGCUCAUAUGUACAUUAUUUGAUUAGAUUGAAGUUGUGGGUAACAUUUGUUAGACAGACCUAUUGAGUUGUGGCAGAAAUCAUGCUAGUGCUUAAGCCUUGGUUCAACUAUUAUUUUGUACCACACCACUUGAGUAAAAAUGUGUUUGUUUCACUGUUUCACCAUUUUUUUUUCUGUUGUGGCGCAUUGAAUCAGUUGGAAACGCGGCAGAGUUGUAACAUCUUAUUUCCCUCUUUGUCUUUUUUUUUAUGAAGACGUUUUUGAAGUGUCCAUAUUUUUGGAACUGAUGUUAGUUUACAAUUAAAUUGAUAUUUCAUAAA